UCCACCGGAAGCACCGGAAUGUCUGUGGCCAAGACUACCGUGGACAAGUUGCUGAAGGGAUACGACAUACGUCUAAGGCCUGAUUUUGGAGGUCCUCCAGUCAUUGUAGGAAUGAGCAUUAACAUCGCCAGUAUCGACUCCAUCUCAGAAGUAAACAUGGACUAUACCAUCACGAUGUAUUUCCAGCAGAGCUGGCGAGAUAAGCGUUUGGCCUACGGCGAGCUGAACCUGAACCUGACUUUGGACAACCGUGUAGCAGACCAGCUGUGGCUCCCUGACACCUACUUCCUUAAUGACAAGAAGUCCUUCCUCCACGGCGUGACAGUCAAAAACCGCAUGAUCCGACUGCACCCCGAUGGCACUGUCUUAUACGGACUGAGAAUAACAACUACUGCCGCCUGCAUGAUGGACUUAAGGAGGUACCCUCUUGAUGAACAGAACUGCACUCUGGAAAUUGAAAGCUAUGGAUAUACAACAGAUGACAUCGUAUUUUUCUGGCAAGGAGACGACAACGCUGUGACCGGGGUUGACAAGUUGGAGUUACCUCAGUUCUCCAUCGUGGACAUCCGCUUGGUGUCCAGGGAGGUCAGAUUUACUACAGGUUCAUAUCCAAGGCUUUCGUUGAGUUUCAGGAUUAAGAGGAACAUUGGCUAUUUCAUCUUGCAGACAUAUAUGCCCUCCAUCUUGAUCACCAUCCUCUCCUGGGUCUCCUUCUGGAUCAAUUAUGAUGCCUCUGCAGCUCGCGUGGCCCUCGGUGUGACAACGGUGCUUACCAUGACCACGAUUAACACCCACCUUAGGGAGACCCUCCCAAAGAUUCCUUACGUGAAAGCCAUCGACGUCUACCUCAUGGGCUGUUUUGUGUUUGUGUUCCUGGCCCUGCUUGAAUAUGCCUUUGUAAAUUACGUGUUCUUUGGCCGGGGCCCUGCGCAACAAAAGAAAAUCAAUGAGAGGCUGGGCAAAGUCAACAACGAGCGCACGAGAUACGAAGAGAAGCGCCUGAGGGAACAGGUGGAUGCUUACGGAAACAUCCUCCUCACCACGCUGGACAUGAACAAUGAGGUGAUGCCUUCCGAUGUGGGGAGCAGCGUCAGUGACUCUCGGAAUUCUGUCAUGUCCUUCGACAGCUCCGGGGUCCAAUUCAGGAAGCCCAUGGCACCCCGAGAUGGCUACAGCCACCACUCGCUGGACCGGAGCGCCAUGCGGAGCCGGGCCAACUGUCGGCUACGACGACGCUCCUCGAAGCUCAAGUUGAAAAUCCCCAACCUCUCAGAUGUUAGCACCAUUGACAAGUGGUCCCGGGUCAUUUUCCCCAUCACCUUUGGAUUUUUCAAUCUAAUCUACUGGUUGUACUAUGUGAAUUGAUGUGCAUCCCACUAGGAAUCAUGGGCCAUAUUUUGAGAGCACAUUAAAUUGGCUUUGAUACAGUUCCAAAAUAUGUAUACACAUAUACAAGUUGGACAUAUGUAUAUGCAUAUUUCCAUAUAUUAUAUUUAUAUAUACACAUGUGAAAUCUGAAGGACCUUUCUGCUGUACAAAGUAUUACUAGGUUGACUUGAAUGUUUAAGAAUACUUGUGUGAGAAGAAUUUCGAUGCUUUGAGUUUGUUUUUCCUCCUUUAACAAACAUGAGAUCCCCACCGGGGGUUUUUCGGAACUAAAGACUGCAUGAUAUUUUUGCAAAAAAAAAGAAGAAAAGCAAAAAAAACAAAAAGAAAAAAAGAGAAAGGCUCUUGAGAGAGAAAAGAUGUCUCAGAGCCCCACUGACCUUUUAUUGAUACCUAUCAUAUUCAGAAAUCCUCUUCUGCAGCUCGAGGAAUCAGUGGUGGCUCGCCUGUCCAGGUAUUGGCUCAGUGAGGUCCUUGGCACCACCUUUGAUCCUGCUCCGCCUCACCCUCUGCCAUUACCCCAGCUGAUGACAUGCACGGAAACCUCCGGUUCUACUACGCACAGCAACCUGUUUGGAUUAUGUUUUGUUCCUUGGCUUUUUUUAGAGUGAAUAUUGUUCACCUUAUCAGACAUUAGGUCCGGCCAAAUGGUCUCCAUUCGGUUGGCGUAUGGAUAGUAUAUUUGACCGCUGCAUUCCCAUACAGAGUCAAUUUAAGCUUGUAUUCCCUUUUCUUCUCUUUCGUUUUUUAAAAAAACUCAUCCUUGAGGAGGUGGAGUAUGGGUAGGAUUGGGUUGGUGUUGUAGGUAGGAAAAAAAGUGGGAAUUCUUUUUCAUUCUAGUUAAAAACAAACACUUCUUAUUGUAGAUAUGAUUUUGUCUUUAAAAAAAACUGUGAUUUCAGAGACUGUCAGAACAUGUUCUAGUGCUGGGGUGUUGUGAGAUGAAAGAGUCCAAGGCAUGCAUUGCUGAUUUGAUUGUUUAAAAAAAGAAAUGGUAUUCUGUACAUUUUAAUCAUUCAGUAUUCUCAUGAAAGUGUACUUGUGCUUUUUGCUUUCCUCCUAAUGGUUGAUUCACAUUCUUUUUAGCUGCAGAUCCUGCUUUGUGUUUGCUACACAGUAAUGGGAGGGGGCCGGGUUGUUUUUGUUAAUCAUUUGAUACUAUUCCUCGGUAAAGAUGUAAAGAUGUAAAUUCAUGUAUAUUCAAAAAGAUCCACCCAAGGUUUUUAACAAUCAUCAUUCAGUAUGUGGUAUUUCUUUGUUUGCUUUUCCUUUGCUUGUUUGAAUAGCUGUGUCUAAAGACAAGAAUAUUUCGGAUUCGGAUAGUGCCGGGCACACAAGGAAAGAAGUAUACAGAGGAGGGGGGUUCAUCAUUGUAGCCUUAUUCAACAGCAACCCAAAACCGCUGCUUUGGGAUCAGGAGGGAUUUGUGUAAGAAUUAUGUCUGAGAAAUAGCCAUGAAUUGAAUGAAAUGAUGACCAAAAGGCCUGUAAGUCAUUGUUUUUGUCCUGUUGUACCCAUACAUUGCAUUUCUAGUGCUCACCUUCCAAAGUAGGAGUGUUGGUCAAUUCCCCCCUUCACCAUUCACUAACUUUGCAGUUUUAGUUGUUCAGUAUUCAAUGUUUUUGGGUAUGAAAUAUUGGAGUAUACCACAGGAUGUUUUUUACCUAGCAUGUGUCAGUUCAUACCUGCCAGAGGGAUCUUUCAUACCCAACCUAUGAUUUACAAUAAUUGUUUUUAUUCCACGUUUCUGUAAGAAAAAUGCGUUGUCAUGAUACUAAGUACAAAUAUAACUACCGGCAGUAGAUCACUUAGACUUGCUUAAUCAGGAAUCAUAAUCUAUCAUAGAUCAUAAGAGUUAACUGGUCGAGACAGGUAACAUCUACAAAAAAGGAAACAGAGUGCAUUACAAACUUUCAGAUAAUUAUAUGCAAUUAUUUUUGUUAGACAUGGAAGCUGAGCAUUUUCACAACAAUUUAUCUCAUUCAUUAUUAAAAAUACUUACAGUAAAGGCCAAAAUUAUUCUUACCCUGAGCAGAUGCAACCACAACAUUGAUAGGAAAUAAAAUGGGCAUCUCUCAAAACACAAUAUAACAAUGUAAAAGAAGUAUGAAUUAAAAGAUUAUCUAGUUUGAUUUACAUUUUACUAAAAACGCCAUGCAAAGAAUUAUUUAUAGCCUUCUCAAUUAUCAAUAAAAAGGUUUAAUUUGACAUUAUAGCAAUCAAACCCUUCUUCUAACUGCUGACCAGAUUUCCUCUGGUAUUUUUAUGAUUUAUAUUUAUUUAUGAGCUCUCAAGUCUUUGAAACUGGAAAGUAUACUUGCCAACACCCUAAUCUUUAGUUCCCUUGAUAGAUUUUCUGUCCGAUUCUGCCUGGCCACUAUAACGUUAAUAUUAUUUCCAGUCAGAAGAAACAUGUGGUAUAAAAAAUAAAUGGUACUGUAAACCUAAUUCAACUAGGGGAAUGAAUAAUUGUAGCUACGAUAAUGCCAUGAUUUAAGAUUUAAGAUAGGGGGGGAGAAAUGGGUUGUUUACAGGAACAAAAUUAAGGAAGAAGGGACAUGUGUAGGUACAAAAUGGAGGUAUUAAUCGGUGAAGGGGUGAACUGACACUGAGCCAAGGACAGAACUACUGUAUGAUACUAUCUUGUGCUGAAUCAGACUUCACUGUAUGAUAUUAUGUAUUACUUAUGCUACCUUACUUCAGUCAAAAAAGCGAAAGAACAAAAACAUUGUGCCCAAAUUGCAGUGGUGUGGAGCAUUUUCCCCCAGGUGAAACGUAAAAGGAAUUCCAUCCUGGGAGAACAAGAUAAAGAUGGAAGAGCUGCAAAUAAACAAGAUGUGGAUGGAGAAGAAGACAUAUUAAUCUAUCAUCAGAUAUAUACAUUGUCCUCUGGGUGUGCAUUACAUUUCUUCAAAAAGGAAUACUGAUCAGAAACCAAUGUGUCUACCUAAGUCGUAAUAAUGUUUGUACAGUGUUGUGGCCAGAGAUGUGAUGAAUUUAGUAUUUCUUUUUGGAUUAAUUUUAUGCAGCAUUGUCACAUUUUCGACCAACAUCUUUAUUUGUUCAACUAUCCAUGUACCUGAAAUCAAAUAAGUUUUCAUGUACUUGAAAUCUAGGAAAUUGUGCAGUAUGCAUUAAAAACCAUGCCUUCUCCAAGCAAUAGGCAGAUAAUUCUCAUAAAAACUGAAGUAGUGAAUUCAAAGUUAGAUCUAAAUGUGUUUUGCUAAAAUGAAAUGAACUUAAAACAGACAGCCUUUGCCCAAUGGCAGAUUUCCGAGCACUUUACUGAUUUCACACAACAAUCUAAUAUGCCGUGCACAACUGUAAACCUCUCAUUGAGACUUUACAGCCACAACAAAAGAGAGCCUUCGUUCUCUUAGUCUGUUCAUUUCUUUCGCCUGUUAAAAUCUUCACACAACACCUCCUCCCCCCGCAGUAAAACUUGACCCACUGAGAUCACUUGGGGCAUAAAAGCUUUACUCAGCCUCUUUCACAUAUGCAGUAGUACUCCCCGACACCUGUAAACUCACUUCAGUGUUGCUAUUCCCCUUUAACUCAUUAUGGACAUCCCUGUGAUAUGUAUGCUGCAAUUCUAACUUCUUACAGAGGUUUUCUUAUGGGAGAUGCUCAAAUGGCAUCAUUACUAGAUGUGGCUCUUUUUAUGCCAGCUACUUGUUGCAAUCAGAUUAACGAGUAAAAAGUGACUGUGUUUCCAAAGUAUAGAUUAUGUCAUAAUCGGUACACUUUAUAAAUUGUUAGAUGUGGGUAGUUUUGAGUUAGGGGUGUUUCACAUAGGUACAUUUUUGUUACAGUAGUAAAACAAAACUAGAUGGCAAAUUUAUAAAAUUGUUUUGUUGUUGCUUGUUUUGUUUUGCUUAUUUCAAUGUCAAACUGUUAAAAUGAAAAUAUAAUUGAUCUUUAUGGAGAGUUUAGAUUCAGACUCUGAGGUCAGAGGAUAUUAUUUGUUCCACUGCAAACCAAGCCUACUCUGUGGUCUCAAUGAGAUGCACUUGCGCGUACGUUUUUCUAAUGUAAACGCAAUCAAGUGUCAAACUCCUAUUCAGGUUGGUGUUAUUCCCAGAAACGAAUGCCUGUUCAGGUAUUUUUUAGAUAGUACACCAAACCCAUAUGGAGGGAAAAACAUUCUCACAGUAAAUAUAUUCACUGUUCAUUUCAAUCACUACAUGUAUUACCAGCUUUCUGGACAUGAAAUUAGCAGCUUCAAUCCAAAGGCUGUGUGGACAUUCUGUUCUGAAAUGUUUUCUUUCAGAUAUUUGCUUGUUUAGAAAGGAUUUCUUUUUUGUUUAAACACUUGAGUUUAAGAAGAGACGGAGGGGGAAAAGUGUUGAACUGAUUUCAAUGUGAAUUUUCUUGCCUCUAGUGUAUAUGUGUAAUUACAUGUGAAUUGUACUGUAAAUAUGAUAUCUUUCACUUAAUAGUUCUUAAUGCAUGAACAAAAACAUGGCAGUUCUUAAUACCAGCUAGCCUCACUGCUAAUGGCAUGGACAGCUUUUCUAGCAUUGGCAUACUUCUGCAGAUGAAACCUUAACAAAAAAAGAGAGGAAAAAAACAGAAAACAUAAAGGAACACACGGUGUGAACAAAAUAAUGGAGAAAUCAUGACAAUGUUCUCUCACGGUGAUGGAGUUUCUGGUGGCUCAAUGAUAACGGUAGGGUAAUGCUAAAAGACGCAGUUGUGCAUGUUCAGCUAAAGAGACAGAUAAAUUCUGGUGGUUUGGCCUUUAACAUUCAUCUGUUUAAUGUUACCUGAAGCUUUUCAGGAGAUUUCAGCACAGUCUACUCACUGCACUUACCUCAGCCAUUCAGAAAUCACUCAGUUGUUCACGAAUUCUCUUAGAAAAUAUGAUUAGCUAGCUAGCUUACACUGGCCAGAGGAGCAGGGUUGCCUUAAGAGGGCGCGUGGGAUGUUUUUUUUUCCUGUUCCUCAACAAGAAAGUCAGGGUGCCCUUGAGCAAGGCACCAUACUAAUUGUCGAAGCGCAUGGUCGUAGUCUUUACUGUAUUGUAGCAAACAUCUUUAGCUAUCCGAGAGCACGGCUAACAAAGUCUGUGCAGGACUGUAGCAAACACGUUAGCUAAUUUAGAUAAUUGUUAGCAAACUGUAGCCUGGAGAAAUAAAUUAAGAAGUGUCCCUUGUUCUGUAAGAGCGCAGAAAUCUCAAUAGCCUAAAGAUAGCCAGACUAAGCCUUUUUAUUUAACUGAAGUGUGUUAGCACUACAUUUCAUUCAUCAAAUGACCAGAACAAAGCUAGGAGGCUCCUUACUGUCGAAUGAACUGUCGCUGAUGAAUUCAUUAUUUUGUCCUCACUUUGUAGGUUUUGUUUUGCAUGACCUGAGUUUUAAAAAAAAGGUUUAUUUUCGUAUAUUUUUACUCUACACCAUCCAGUUUAUCUCCACAGCCAGGAAAAAAGAAAGAUCCAGUGUUUACAUGCUCAAAUUGCACUUGUUUUACAGACAGCUCUAUAAAUCUUGUGGAACAAACUGUUCAUAAAGUUGGAGGACAAACGCCACAGUGGGGCGCACAUUAUGUGAUUUUCUUGUUUGUUUAUAUUUUUUAAUUUGAUGAAAACAGUAGUGUUCUUUAACAAAAACUUUAUUUCCUGUAAAUCAGUUUGGGAUAGAUGCACCAAGUGCAUGCUAGUUUUAUCAGAUUCAGCUUAAGCAUCACAUCAAUCGCCCUUCAACUACAAAGGAUAUAGAGGAUGCUCUCCAACAGCAUCGUCACAUAUAAGCCAUGUGAUUGCACACUGAGUGGGUGUUCCCUGCAUUUUCUUUUUUAUAAGUUGCCUCUGGUUACGGCCUGCUGUCGAUUACUGUAUGAGGGUGAUUUGCAAGACACUGUGCCGAUUCCCAGUUUCCCAAACGUCAAUUUACUGUACAUCCCUUCUUUCAAGACCCUUACUGAAAGACUGUCUCAUAUUUAACUAGUAGGUAAAAAAUAGAAGCUUUUUCAACAGUUGCAAUUAUUUGGUAAUGAGAAGAAAGAAGCCCGCAAGAUCAACACCUUGUUUAUUUUUCAGUAAGAAUAAGUAAACGAUUUGGUUCAUUUCUGUAUUCAUUUCUGAUUUAUUGUAUUUGUAGCAUUUGUUAUGGAUUGUUAUUCUUACUGUUGUUUUAUUUUCAUAAGAAGGAAAUGUAAUUCAUCUGAUAUACAAUAUGGCACUGGAAGUAAAAAAAAAUGCAUUCAGUUUUUGUACUGUAAUUGUUUUGUUCACAUUGGGCGCUUAUUUGAUUCAGUUGUUUAAUACAGUGUUUGAUUUCAUUUGGGGUAUCAGUACUCAUGGAAUCAACAUUUGUGUAGUAUGAAGUUGUAUUUUUUUGUCAGUGCAAUUUAAUGUUAUGGUGUCAAUCAGCUUUUUUAGGUGUUUGAACAAAAUGUGUUUUUUACAAAUACAAAGUGUUCAAGUAUGUGGUAUAAAAAGGGUUAUCAUUCAAACAACCAACUUUUUACAAAUAAAGGCUUAUACUGUAAAGAAA